AUGUUUCAUAAAUUCUACAUGUUAAUUUUAUGUGCACUUAAUAUACAACACGGCCAACGAUGCGUGUUAAAUUCAAGAAUACAUUUUGGUGAACCUCUCCCAGUUAUUUUGCGCAACAACCGAAUUCUGGAACCAGACGAUAAUGACGGCAACAUAGUACUAAACGCUGGAGAUGUUCUCACACUUAGCUGCCAAGGAGCUGGUUUUAUCAACCACCCAGAUAUUAAAGAUCGCCGUGAAGUAGCAACUAUAUCGUGUGAAGGCGGCGAUAACUUCAGAAACGAUGAUUGGCUAAAUUCCCUUGCUAGAUUCACGUUUUUUAGAUGUUCCUUUGCCCCAAUCCAUCAUAGUAAGCCCACAAAUAGAACAUGCUACGAAGGAUACCCCAUAAUAGACGUUGGGUACACGAUUGGAGACCAAUUUUAUCCUGUCUACGAAUCGUGUUUUGAUGACGUCCAUUUUAAUCCUAUUUAUUCAAAAUAUACCCAAAAACCCUAUAAUGCAUUCUAUCAAACUAGAGUAGAACGUCCGUUCUUCUUAGAUAAUCAUAAUUAUGAAAAUAUUCCCGUUGAAAGGCUAUUUUCCCCACCAGGCCAAAAAGCAGCAGUCGCCCAGCGAGUAGGUCCUUUAGUGGAGUCGUAUGUGACCAAAAGUCAACUUCUAUCGAGAGGACAUUUGGCUGCAAAAACAGAUUUUGUCUUUGCUUUUACUGAACGAGCAACUUUUCACUACGUUAAUUGUGCACCGCAAUGGACAGGUUUUAAUGGAGGAAAUUGGAAUACUCUAGAGGUUGAUUUAAGGAAUCACAUUCAUGAUGCUGGCUAUGACACAAUUAUCUACACGGGUACAUUUGGAAUAACUCAACUAAGCGAUAAUUUUGGAAGACGAGUUGAUCUUCAUUUAUACACGGAUCAAAAUAACAAUCCUGUUAUUCCGAUACCGCAGUAUUUUUAUAAAGUUGUAUAUGAACCGAGAACGAAGAGAGGUAUCGCUUAUGUGGGUAUUAAUAACCCAUAUUAUACUUUUGCUGAAGCCCGUGAGCUAUUUUUUUGUUCGGAUAUUUGUAGGAAUACCAGCGGAUUUGGUUGGUUAUCGUGGCAUCCUGAUAAUCCUGCUGAAGGCUAUACGUUUUGCUGUUCCAUUCCUGAUUUUAAGGAUACCGUGCACCAUUUGCCAUAUUUCGAAGUUGGAGGUCUACUAAUAUGA